CUGUUUUCUUAGAUCGCAGUCGCGGAGGAAAGAGAGAGGUCAGCGUCUGGUCUGGUGACCAUCUACCUGACGUUUGGCUGACUUUUGGUCGGCUCACAUUGAGUUGCAGUAAUGGUUUAGAUUGAUAUCUGUGCAGAAACUUUUAUGUUACUGAGAAAAGGAUGAUAGAAAAUAUUACAUCUGUUCCUUAUGUAGUGUUAUAUGUUUGAAUAGUACAGUCUGUGCUGCUGUUUUUAAUCAAUAUCUAAAAAAUUAGAUGUGUAUUGUCCUUUUAAUAAUCCACACUUAUACUAGUAGGACUUAUACUAGUAAUUUAACAUAAAAAACAUUGCUAACUUAACUUUAUAUUUAACCUACUGAAAAUGAUUACAUAAUGAGGCUGUCGCUAUGGCAUUGCAACUGCACACCAGGAUGUUUCCUUUUUUAGGUUUUUAAAAUAAACAAAUGCAUUUAAAUUUCAGCUUUUCAGCUGCAUCGCAUGCUUAUCUACUGAACCAAAACCCACUGGAUGUGUUACUCUGCCCAGUUUUGCUUUUUCUUUUGCUAAAUUAGACCCUCAGUUUGCUCCACUGCAAUGUUUCCCUGUCAUCUAAAGAUGUAAAUCAGAUGGACUAGUUUAUCUGUGGGACUCUUUCGUCAGAUCUGCAGGUUUGACUUGGAACAAUGACUUCUAUCAGAUCAGACACCUGACACUUUAUCUCUCAGCUCAGCUUUCUUGCAGCGGGCCCCGGGGAGAAACAGGAUAGGGAGGGUUACUGUGUGUGUGUCCACAACAGAAAAAGUGAAAGGCACAAUCCCUGGAGACAAAAAGCCAGAGGAUUAUUAUGCUCAGCAACGGGGCAGUUUUCCACAGAAACUUCUUCAACACAAAAACCAAUUGGUUGCUCCGACUUUGAAGCUGGCUGCUCAGACAAAACCAGGAUAUGGAAAUCACAAAAGAGAGAUGCCCGUUGGACCUUUGUCUCUGGCUCAUAAUUCUGCAGUCGACGGCAGCGGAUCUGAAAUCAUUCAGGUCAGAAAAAUCAACGGCUCCUCAGCAGAGACGCCGAGCUACCAGCACCUCCACCGGGAGCUGCUGCUCAGCCACAAACGAGGCCUGCUGCUGGAGGAGAAGCCAGAACUGAAGCGGGUUCUGGAGCAGCGCAGACUGGAGCUCCACAGGGAGGAGGAGAUGGCCCAACGACGGCCCUCCGACCUGGAGACGGAGCUCCGAAAGAGGCAGCAGAAGCUACAAGAGUAUGAGCAGGAGGAGAUAAGGCAGCGGGAAAACCAGAACAAGAUCCCAGAGUUUGUUCGCGUCAGAGAGAACCUGAGGCGCACGCAGACGUUCAAUCAGCCCUGAUCUGCUCCCAUCAGCCAGUGCGGCCUCUCACCGUUGUGGCCCUAAAAAUAUUUUCUGCACACAGCCAGCCUGCUGAGCUGCAACAACAAACCAGAGACACCGGCGUAAUUUAACAUUUGCUAAUUUGCUGUUAAUUGUAAUGAGAAAUGUAUUUCUGGAGGCUAAAACUUUGUCCACCUUUCAAAGGAAUAUUUUUUUGUUUAAAAAACCCCCAACUCAUUCACAGUUUUGUUCUUGGUGAGGGGUGAAGUGCUCAGUUGUUUUUCUUUUUUUUUUUACUAAAACUCAUGGAUUAUUAUUGGCUGAAUGAAGGCAACGAUGUUCUGAUUCUGAAUGUUUUUUUAUGUUUUUUAUGCCUGUUCCAUCCUCAGUUUUCUGUUUCAGUCCUAAUAUCAUCAUGUCGUGUUAUGUCAGAUCCUUUACAAUGUAAGUAUUAAAAGAAAUAUUUUCAACA